AUGAGACCUCCUUCUUUUUCUAGAGGACCUAACCCGAUUGUGGCUGAGAAUUGGGUUCAGGAUGUCGAGGAGAUUUUAGUAGUACUGGUAUGUACAAAUGAGCAGAAAGUGGUGUUUGCGACGUGUAAACUGAUAGGAGAGGCAAAGCACUGGUGGAGAUCAGCGCGUAUGAUUGAGGAGCAAAGGCCGAAUCCAGUGCCAGUGUCGUGGAGUCGGUUUAAGGAAUUAUUCUUCGAGCAAUAUUUUCCUGCUAUCAUUCAGAACACAAAGGCAGCGGAGUUUCUGCAUCUGACUCAGGGGUUGAUGACGGUGACACAGUAUGCUGCACGAUUUCUUGAGUUAUACCGUUUCGCCCCACAUUUAGCACCAGACGAAGAGAAAAAUGCCAAAAAAGCUGCUGUUAUUGAGAGUGGUAUGCAGAGGAGCGCUACAGCUCAAGGUCAGAGGAAGAGAUCUGCGCCUCAGGAUUUACAAGCGAGCUCUAGCCGAGGGCCAUGGAGAGGAGAUCGCUUUGGAGGUGGUCAGGGACGGAUGAUGGGCCAUGGUGGUUUUCAAGGUGGACAGGCUGCUCCUACCUAUCCUAGAUGUGGCCGCAGACAUCCAGGUGAAUGCGGGAUGGGUGAGAACGUCUGCUACGGUUGUGGGAGACCCAGGCACAGAUCUUGGUCGUGUCAGGGAUUGACAGCUCAGGCACCAGCUCCUAGACCAUACCGGGGUGUCACCCACUCUUUUGUUUCUGCGGUAUAUGCUAAGCUAACGGGGUAUGAGGCACAGUUUUUGGAUAUUGGGUUAGCAGUAGCAAUGCCUACUGGGUUAGUCGUGAGAUGUAAAAGGGUACUCAGGGGUUUUCCAGUAACUAUUUAG